AUGUCGACCAAGCCGAUCUUUGUGGCGACGCAUCCGCGUGCCUGCUCGACAGCAUUCGAACGGGUCUUCAUGACUCAACGCAAGACCAUCCAGUGUGUCCACGAGCCAUUUGGGGACGCCUUCUACUACGGCCCAGAGCGCCUGUCUGAUCGUUUUGAGAACGACGAACAGGCGCGCCUGGAGAGCGGGUUCAGCCAGUCGACGUAUCGCACAGUGUUGGAGAGACUGGAACGGGAAGCUUCAGAGGGCAAGAGAGUCUUCAUCAAGGAUAUCGACCACUACCUGCUGCCGCCUGCCGGACAACCCGCCAGUAUCGCCCCCUCGCUUCAACGCAUCAAGCGUGGAGUCGGCACCACGAACGGCGACGAGCACCCCCCGGUCAACGGUACCAAUGGCCAUGCCAACGGUACCAACGGCCACCCCGUGCCCGCCAACGGCACCACGAACCAAGUCAACGGCCACGCCGACGGUGUCAACGGCCACCACCACACCAACGGCGCCAAUGGCCACCACACCAAUGGUGCCACAAAGCCAUACCCGUACAACACCCCCGCCGAACCGGGCAACCCGACUGUGAUGCCGCGCGCACUGCAGGAGCAAUUCCAUUUCACCUUCCUGAUUCGCGACCCGCACUAUAGCGUGCCAUCGUACUACCGGUGUACGAUUCCGCCGCUGGACCGCGUGACCGGGUUCUUCAACUACGACCCAACGGAGGCCGGGUACGACGAGCUGCGACGGCACUUCGACUAUCUGCGGCGGGAGGGGCUGGUUGGGCCGCGGGUGGCGACGCGGCCGGAGCUCGGCGAUGGCGAGACGGUGCAUGAGAUCUGCGUGGUUGACGCGGACGACAUGCUGGAUGCGCCGGCGGCGACGAUCCAGGCAUUCUGCGAGAGUGUCGGCGUGCCGUAUGAUGCGUCACUGUUGUGCUGGGAUACGCAGGCGGAUUAUGACUUCGCAUGCGAGGCAUUCGAGAAGUGGAGAGGUUUUCAUAAUGAUGCUAUCGAGUCGAAGGGGUUGGAGGCGAGAAAGCACAAACGGGCUGUGAAGACUGAGGAGGAGUUUGAUGCAGAAUGGGUGAAGAAGUAUGGGCCUAAGGGCGCCGCACUUAUACGCCAGGCCGUUGACGCCAACAUGGCCGACUAUCUGUAUCUGAAGCAGUUCGCCAUGAAGGUGUAG